GUUGAUUCUUGUGAAGGAGCAUAUAUGCAGUGCCAAUUAAAUACACGACUCCCAUAUAUUCCACAUUACCUCGAAACCUUUUUGGCCAUAGUCUGUGCAAGAACAAUGUCUGUUGCGGCGACUUCGUGGCCACCAGUUGAAUUGCCAAAUAUCAGCGAUGCUGCUUAUCAGUUGUUGAUGGAAUGCUCAUCUGUUGCCAAGCCGCAGAUUGAGGUUGAUCUCGACAAAUUUAAAGAGGUCUCCCAAAACUUUCCCAUUAAGUUUGGCAUAGAUACUUGUCGCGUAAAAUCACAGCCGGCAAGUCGAUAUGAAGUCAUCCAGGAGCAGAUAGCAUCUGCAUAUCCGGUCAUACAUGAGCGUACAUUGUUGUUAUACUUAAAUUUUUUGGAGCACAAGAAAAAGUUUGGGAAUUCCAAGGAAUUGCCGAUCUAUAAGGAUUUAUCCCUCACUGAUUUCGUGCAACGUCUCUUAAGCAAAAGAUGUGUCUACUUUUUCGGCGGAGGUGAUUCUUACCUCUUGCUUGACGGGCAGAAGGGCCAUGGCGGCAUCGAACAGAUUGGCACUGAGGACCAAAAACCACCGCUGAUCCUUCAGAAUGUUCUUAGCUAUGAUGAGAUAAAGCUUGCAGCUCUACUGUAUGCCUCAACACAUUCUGAAUUCAUUAACAACGGCAGUCGAUCCAAUGCGGGCAUUGUGCAGCCGGAUAAGAGUACAAUUGAGACUGAAGGUGUUAUAAUUGGCAUGAUUGGAGCUCGCUUCGAACGCGAUGCGGUGAUGGACUGUGAGGAUGUACUAAUAACACCGACGCAGAACACGGCAGCCCAUGGCUACGGUUCAAUGGAGAAUGGUACACGUGCCACGGACUAUCGUCUGCUGUGGCGUAAUUUUUACGGAGAACCAAAGGACUUUGUUAACGAUCAAGUCAUAGUAGAUGGUAAACGUUUUAUACAACUGGCUCGUUACGAGAAAUUCGAUGCAGUGGUCAUGCAUAAACGAUAUGCCAUUACUUUUGACACUUUACUGCUGGAGGCUCAGGCAAGAGCCAAGAAGGCGGACAAACCCGCCUACAUACAUUUGGUUGGUUAUGGCUUGGGUGUAUGGAAGAUCUCCGACGAGCAGGAGAGAAUUUUCUUUGAAGCGUUCGAAGAACGUUUGCUAGCUCUCAUCGAAAUGGAUCUGCUAUCGCACAUUGGUGUUGUACACUUUUCGUGGUUCCAUUUGAAAAAAGUCGGCGGACUAUAUAAUGGCGCUGUGAUUCCUCAGAAAUCUCAUAGCGGCAUUAAAAUAUUUAUUUCGGUGCGCAAUCCGGGGGAUAAGUUAAUGGAAAAUAUGUUGCCUGUGGUGACCUAUGCUUGGGAUGGCAAUGCAUUGCCUGGCAAUGAGUUCUGGGCUAAUAUGCUAGUAGGCACUGGGGAUCCAGCUGCUGCUUGUUCCACUCUGAUAUCAGAGCUACAAAAUCCUCACAUUAAUUUAAAGUACAUGAGUGGCUCCAAUUUGCAUAUUGCCUCACUCCGUCAUGGCCUGCUGCACAUUGGAGAAUUUGCCCAAAAAGUAACUCAAAAGGGACACAACUAAAAUGCAUUUUGAAUAUGUAUAAAAAUGUAUAAUCCAUUGGAAAAGAAUUUUUUUUUUAGUAUUAUAUUAUAGAAAUAUACAACUUUCUCCAUUUCUUAAA